ACAGCCCUACCAGGAAGGCCCGUCACCCUCUUCGCCCUCAUCCUCAUCCUCCCUCCAUCCCGUCCAAUCCUCGCCCCCUCCUACCCCCAUUAUCAUCUAUCAUCAUCUAUCCACUCGUUCAGCCUCAAAAGCACCCUCACUCAUUACCAGCCUAUCACUAUCCCGUAUCCCACACAUCCAUCCACAUAUAUGUCCACCUGCAUCCCCGCCACCAACCAACCAUUCCCAGCCUUCUACAUCUACCGCCCUGGGUACACCGUGGUCCCGCUGAUCCCGCUGGAUGAGCUUCCGACCUGGAUCCAAAUCGGCAACUUCGACUGGUCCAACAGCGAGCUCUACGAGUUUAUGCUCCCUGCGAGCUUCACCUGCUUCGAUCGUGUCGGCGAAUACGACGUCAUCUGCCACCACUGCUACGCCGGAGUCGAUAGCUUCCAUCGUAGCGUCUCUGAACGAAGUGAGAGCUCCGCCGCUUCUUCACGUGCCGACGAUCAGCUUUGCCAUCUUCGUGCGCCUCUUGCUGGUGUGGUGGCUGGUCCGUCUGUGGUUGGAGAUCUUUUGAGGGAGGAGACGGGGAAGCUUGCCGAGCUGAGGCAGCCCCCGUUUCAUGCUAGUCUGAACAGUCCUUUUGUCGGCAUGUGCUUUAUUCCCAGUUGGUUGAAAAGGACAUUUUACCCUCGGACGACAGUAGGUGUUGACUGAUCCAGUUGAGGACGUCACCAAGCUGACGAUAAUCAGCUCGUACCUCCGCCACCUGUUUCAGUUCCUCGGCCACCUUCUCCGCCCUUUCGACCGUCCGAUUCGGAGUCUCCGCCGCCGCCGCUCAAUACUCCAACUGUCCAGGCUCCCUCUGCGGUCACUGUUCAGAAUCUGUCUGUGGCUCCUGUCCAGAAAUCGUCUGUGGACUCUUUCCAGAACUCCUCUGUGGACUCUGUCCAGAAUCCCUC